AUGGUCUACGGUGCCCUCGGUUCCGACACCGGCGGAAGCAUCCGGAUGCCCGCUUCCCUGUGCGGCAUCGCAGGUUUGAAACCAACAUACGGCCGUGUCCCCCGCACUGGCGUCCUCGACCUCUGCUGGAGUUGCGACCAUGUCGGACCAAUGACCCGCCGAACCGCAGAUUGCGCCCACAUGCUCAACGCAAUCGCCGGACACGACCCGCUCGACAUCGCGUCAUCUACGCGCCCUGUUCCCGACUUCGCGGCAGACCUCGAUAAGGGUGUCGACGGAUUGCGUAUCGGCGUCCCCGAACACUACUUCUUCGACCCCGACAUCGUCGAUCCAGAAGUUGCAGCAGCAGCCAACACCGCAAUCGAGUUGCUGGCCAAUAACGGUGCCGAGAUCGUUUCCGUGCCUAUGGAUUGGGUGUCGAACGGCAGGUCGAUCAACAUGAUCAUCACCCUCGCCGAAGCCACCUCGGUCCACGAAAAACUGCUCGCCGAACACGCAGACGACUACACCCCGGCAGUUCGGAGCCGCAUCCAAUCCGCGCUCGCGAUGCCCGCCGUCGACUACGUCCGCGCCCAACGCGCCCGCCAAGCCUUCUCCGUCGCCAUGGCCGAGGCAACCAAACACGUCGACGUCAUCGCUACGCCAACGGUGCCGGUCCGCACGCACACCAUCGCCGAAUGCACACCCGCGCCCGGCGAAGCCAUCGCCGAAAAAGGUGCCGAGAUUCCGCUCUUUACAUCCAUAUUCGACGUCACCGGUGAGCCAUCGCUCUCCGUAAUGUGCGGAUUCGAUUCCUCCAACAUGCCAUCGGAAUGA